UGUGUAGAGCUGGAGUGCAGUGUAAAUUACGUUGGGGAAAACCUGCUAAAAAGUGUUUGUAAUGAAACUAUUUAUUGUUUUGUACCAAAGGCUAAAAACAAGAGCUUCAGCUUUGGGGGAAAUAUAAUCAGACUGUGCGACUCGGUCUUUAAAAUCUUAAACGUUAUUAAUCUUUAACAACCACUGAAUGUAGCAUAUAAAUCAGUUUACGUCACAAAGCACUGGUCGUUAAGGAGACGGUUGUACUCAGGGUUCAGUUACUAAACUCCAGAGUAAAUGCAUCUGAUAAAGUGCAUUCACGUUCGUCUGCGUGGUCAAUGUCUCUGUUACUUUGUUAACAUUAAGGAACAGAAAGAAUGAUGGAUUACUCCGACCAGACUCCUCACAAGACCGAUAAACUGCAGAAAAUCAGAACAGACAAAGUGUUCAACGCUGUUCUCAGUGUUUAUGAGAACCAUGCAGCGUUCAAAUCCGCCGGGAAUUCAGAAUGCCUGGUGAAGAAGGCUGAGGCAGGAGACACACAGGCCUGCUUGCUGCUAGGACAUCUCUACUAUAAGGAGGGUCACUAUACAGAAGCAGGAGCUAUAUUCCAUGGGAUUAAAGAUAGAGAACCACAAGCUCUCUACCAGCUGGCUGUUAUGUACUACGAUGGACUUGGUAUGACAGCAGACCCUAGCAAAGCAGUGGACUAUAUGAGGAGAGUAGCUGAAUGGGACACCGGUAGUGUCAGAUAUACAGCUUUGUACAACCUGGGCAGAGCCUACAUGCAGGGAUAUGGAGUCCAGGCCUCCAGAGAAGAGGCAGAGAAGUACUGGCUUGUUGCAGCAGACAAUGGAAACCCAAACGCCAGUGUGGAAGCUCAGUCCUCUCUCGGAUUGUUCUAUUCCAGUCCUGAAAUACAAGAUCUCAAAAAGGCAUUCUAUUGGCAUUCUGAGGCCUGUAGUAAUGGCAGCCUGGAGUCCCAGGGCGCGCUGGGAAUCAUGUACCUAUAUGGAUAUGGUGUGUCUAAAGAUCUGUUGGCAGCUUUUUACUGCCUCACAGAUGCAGCGACGAGGGGUAAUGUUUAUGCCCAGGGUCACCUUGUGGCUUACUACUACCAGCGCAAACUCUACACCAGAGCAGCACUUUUGGCUAAGAGGGUGUGCACAUAUGUAGACAUUAGUGCUAUAGCCAAUUCCACAGGCUGCAACCCUGAGUACAUUUGUAAAGGCAUAGCUACGGGCUUAUUCUACUAUGCCCGCUGCCUCCAGCUUGGCCGUGGAGUCACACAGAACACAGAAAAUGCACUGCACUAUUACAACAAGGCAGCCCUGAUGAAUCCAGAAGUGUUUAAGGACCUCCAGAUGGCCCUCACAUAUGGCAGGAUGUAAUAUAUAUGAGCACUGCUGCCAUAGCAAAUGCCCCUGUAAAGCCACCAUUCUGGAUCAAUCACCAUGGAUUCAACUUUUGUCUGUUAGAAAAAUGGAAGGCUUAAUUUUCUUAUUAGCAGCAUUCUGACUUCAUCAUGUACUUGCUUUAAUCAUAUCAGGGUUUUUUCUUUAGGAUUCUCUAUUGUUUUUCCUGAAAAUAAAAAUUUCAGAAAAUGUCUUACUAUUAUGAUACCUGAAGAAAUAAUAAUAAUAAUAAUAAUAAAAAAAAAAUCAUAUGAAUGAUUGUUUUCCUUCCUUAUUCGCUCCCUUUAGAUCUAAACCCUAUAACACAAACAGCGAUCCAUCACAGGGGAGCAUUUACACAACCAUUCAUAACCUAAAUGCAUUUACCUGAGCUGAUAUUUUGGGAAGGUCAGAGAAAAACAGAAGCCAUGCGGCCUUCUGAAACUCAGAUACUGAAUGCGGUCAAAAUAACAACCCUGGCACUGCAAGGCCUACCUGCUGCAUGACCAUCGCUCCCAAAUCUAUUAAUCCAUGAUA